GCCCUGCCCAGGGCGGGGGCCCCCGCUGCCGCCCGCGCCGCCGCCGCCGCCGCGGUCCGGGCCGCGCGUACAGCUCGGCGGGCGCGGCGCACAGCUGCGCGGCCAGGCGGGUGCGCCCUGGGCUCUGCUUCCGAGAGCAGACCGGCCUGGUCCCCGAGAGCUCCUGGGCAUCGGCUCUGCAGCCGAUCAGAGGAGCGGCGGCCCCGGCGCGGCGAGCGACGGUCGCGGAGCGGAACUCCCGGAACGACACGGCGCUGGGGACAGCGGCGGGAGUGUCCAAAAGAGGACAGGAAAUAGGAAACAUCCAAACUGGAUUUCUAAGUCACUCCAAGGCAGUGAUGGAUCAGAAGUUGCAGAAUGCAAUCCAUGAUAAAAGUCAUCAAAAAAUUGAGUUCAAAUAGAGGAAAGAAAAUUGGUCUACCAUCUUACAACUCUGCUCUAGAAAAAAUAUUUAUGAUAGGAGGCUACAGUUGGGAAAAUUAUUUGAGUCUUAGUGCACCUGAAUGAAAGACAUUGUCAUUUUGCUUCUUGGAAAGACUUGUAUAUCUGCAAUUAUUUUAAUACUCAGUGAUGUUUUAAAAAAUCUUGACAUGAUUGGCUGGGAGGAGGGACAGAGCAAUCACUAAAACCUGAGUUGGUCAAGAUGACUUCUGAGGAAAUGGCAGCUUCUGUUACUCCUGCGACUCAGAGAAAAGUAGUGUCUGCUCUGUCAACAGCAGAGGAAAGUAAGGAAAAGGCCUCCGGCAUCGGCGUUCCAAAGGUGUGUACCGGGAGGCAGAGCAGGCAGUUGCCUCAUUCCAUCUCACAACUGAACACAUUUAAAGAAGACUGCUCCAGGAGCCAUUUGCCCGAGGUUAUCUCAAUAGCAAGGGAGAAAAUAGUGAGCGACGAGAACAGUAAUGAAAGGUGCUGGGAGCAGAGCGUGCCGGAGUCGAUGAAGAACCUUAACAUUAGCUGCAGCAGCUUGCUGAGAAACCAUCAGCAUGGCCUGCCCCCGAGCCAGUUUUAUGAAACGUGUGACUCUGUCACCGAGCAAGACUUGUGUUUGGAAACUGGAAUUCCUUCUCCACUGGAAAGAAAGGUGUUUCCUGGAAUUCAACUGGAAAUAGCUGGACCUCCCAUGGAUAUUAGUCCUUUAGGAAAUCAUCCAGCGGUUAUGGAGACUGAUGGAUCACACCCUGGCAGCAACGUGGCACUAUUGCAUUUUCAUUAUGAGGUUGACAGAAGAACAUCAGACACUUUCUGUACCAUGGCAGAAAACUUAACCUUGGAUGAUUGUGGAAACUGUGUACCACUGCCUCCUGUUGAGGGGGAGCAGAAGAAAAAUUACAUGGCAUACACUUCUCAACUGGCGGGCUUGGCCCAAAGCUGUGAUAAUCAGAAUGGGCAGCUGCCGUGUGGUCAUUGUGACACCUUGAAUGAAAAAUACUUGUGCUUUGAAGGCACUUGCCAGAAGGUUGACGGGGUAUGUUCAAGUGAUAGCUUUGACAAGGAGGAUUUUACUGCCAGUCCGCCUGCCAAGACCUUUUUGAGCCAAUUUGAGCACUUUCCUGAUAAUUGUGAAGAGGUAGAAGAUUUUUUUAAAAGCAAAAAGGAACGUUCCACUUUGCUGGUCAGAAGAUUUUGUAAAAAUGACAGGGAAGUUAAGAAAUCUGUAUAUACUGGGACAAGAGCAAUUGUGAGAACUCUGCCUUCUGGCCACAUUGGGAGGGUCGCUUGGAGUUAUGUUGAUCAAAAGAGAAAUGCUCUCUUAGUAUCUCGUGGGAGAGUGACAGAACCUCUUUCUUCUUUGGAGAUGAGGCAAGGUGGGAGCCAUCAUUUGUCAGAAGCCCCGUGGUAUCUGAUCUACCAUGCAGUGAGAAGAGAAGAAACAGAAAAUCCAGUUGGAUCUCUUCUCCGGUUCUUCACAAAGCUCCCAGCCUCAGAGACAGCUCAUGGGAGGGUCAGCCUAGGUCCCUGCCUGAAGCAGUGCGUCCGAGACACUGUGUGUGAGUAUCGUGCCACCCUGCAAAGGACCUCCAUCUCUCAGUACGUCACCGGUUCUCUCCUGGAAGCAACCACGUCUUUAGGAACAAGAAGUGGUCUUCUCAGUACUUUUGGAGGUUCCGCUGGACGAAUGAUGCUGAAAGAACGCCAACCAGGCACCUCUAUGGCCAGUUCCAAUGCCCUCCCUUCAAGUUCAGCUGGAAUCAGCAAGGAACUGAUCGAUCUGCAGCCCCUCAUCCAGUUCCCAGAGGAAGUGGCCAGCAUCUUAACAGAGCAGGAACAGAAUAUCUACCGAAAGGUCUUGCCUGUUGACUACCUUUGCUUCUUAACCAGGGACUUAGGCACACCAGAAUGCCAGAGGUCCCUGCCCUGUCUCAAAGCAUCCAUCUCAGCAUCGAUUCUUACCUCUCAGAAUGGAGAACGCAAUGCCCUGGAAGACCUUGUGAUGAGAUUUAAUGAGGUGAGCUCCUGGGUGACGUGGCUGAUCCUCACAGCAGGCUCCAUGGAGGAGAAGCGGGAAGUCUUCUCUUACCUGGUGCACGUGGCCAAAUGCUGCUGGAACAUGGGCAACUACAACGCUGUCAUGGAGUUCCUGGCUGGCCUCAGGUCGAGAAAAGUUUUGAAAAUGUGGCAGUUCAUGGAGCAGUCAGACAUGGAUACCAUGAGAAGCCUAAAGGAUGCCAUGGCCCUGCACGAGUCCUCGCGGGAGUACCGGAAGGCGGUGACGCGAGCUCUGCAUAUCCCCGGCUGCAGGGUGGUGCCCUUCUGCGGUGUGUUCCUGAAGGAGCUCUGUGAGGUCCUCGACGGAGCUUCCGGCCUCAUGAAGCUUUGCCCACGCUACAAUUCCCAGGAGGAGACUUUAGAGUUUGUAGCCGACUACAGUGGCCAAGAUAAUUUCUUACAACGCGUGGGACAGAAUGGCUUAAAGAAUUCGGAGAAGGAGUCCACGGUCAACAGCAUCUUCCAGGUCAUCAGAAGCUGCAGUCGGAGUCUGGAGACAGAAGAGGAGGACAGCCCCAGUGAAGGCGGUGGCUCCAGGAAAAAUUCCUUGAAGGACAAAGCCAGGUGGCAGUUUAUAAUUGGAGAUUUGCUGGAUUCAGAAAAUGAUAUCUUUGAGCAGCCCAAGGACUGUGACUCGCACGGAUCUGAGGAGUCGCAGAAGGCCUUUGAUCAUGGGACAGAGCUCAUCCCAUGGUAUGUGCUGUCCAUCCAAGCUGAUGUGCACCAGUUCCUGCUGCAGGGGGCCACGGUCAUCCACUACGACCAGGACACACACCUAUCUGCCCGCUGCUUCCUCCAGCUUCAGCCUGACAAUAGCACCUUGACCUGGAUAAAGCCCACCACUGCCUCCCCAGCCAGCACUAAAGCAAAACUUGGUAUGCUUAGUAACACAACCGAGCCUGGCAAAUUCCCGUUACUGGGCAAUGCUGGAUUAAAUGGCCUAGCGGAGGGGGUCUUGGAUCUGUUUUCAGUGAAGGCUGUGUACAUGGGACACCCUGGCAUUGAUAUACACACUGUGUGUGUUCAGAACAAACUGAGUAGCAUGUUUCUGUCUGAGACCGGUGUGACACUGCUCUAUGGGCUUCAGACCACAGACAAUAGAUUAUUGCACUUUGUGGCACCAAAGCACACAGCUAAAAUGCUCUUCAGUGGAUUGUUGGAACUCACUAAAGCUGUGAGAAAGAUGAGGAAGUUCCCCGACCAAAGACAGCAGUGGCUGCGGAAACAGUAUGUCAGCCUCUACCAGGAGGAUGGGCGAUAUGAAGGCCCAACAUUGGCUCAUGCUGUGGAGUUGUUUGGUGGCAGGCGGUGGAGUACUCGAAACCCCAGCCCUGGGACAUCAGCAAAGAAUGCCGAGAAGCCUAAUGUACAGAGAAACAACACCCUGGGCAUAAGCACCACCAAGAAGAAGAAGAAAAUGCUUAUGAGGGGUGAGAGUGGAGAUGCAACAGAUGACGAAAUGGUGACCCGAAAGGGCAAGAUGUACAAAGAGUGUCGAAGCCGCAGCGGUUCGGAUCCUCAAGACAUUAAUGAACAGGAGGAACCAGAGGCAAAUGCCAUCUCCAGUCCUCCCAACCCCCUCCCUUCCAGAAGAGCCCACUCUUUGACCACGGCUGCGUCCCCCAACUUGGCUGCCGGGACGUCGUCUCCCAUCAGGCCAGUGUCCUCCCCUGUGCUGUCUUCUUCAAACAAGAGCCCGUCCAGUGCUUGGAGCAGCAGCAGCUGGCAUGGGCGGAUCAAAGGAGGAAUGAAGGGAUUUCAGAGCUUCAUGGUUUCAGACAGUAACAUGAGUUUUGUUGAAUUUGUUGAGCUGUUCAAAUCGUUCAGUGUAAGGAGCCGCAAAGACCUGAAGGAUCUCUUCGAUGUGUACGCGGUGCCCUGCAACCGAUCUGGCUCCGAGUCGGCCCCGCUCUACACCAACCUGACCAUUGAGGAAAACACUAGCGACCUGCAGCCAGACCUAGAUUUGUUGACCAGAAAUGUCUCGGAUUUGGGAUUGUUCAUUAAGAGUAAGCAGCAACUGUCAGACAACCAGAGGCAGAUCUCUGACGCCAUUGCUGCUGCGAGUAUCGUGACAAAUGGCACUGGGAUCGAGAGUACAUCCCUGGGCAUAUUUGGGGUUGGAAUUCUCCAGCUCAACGACUUCCUAGUGAAUUGCCAAGGAGAACACUGCACGUACGAUGACAUCCUCAGCAUCAUCCAGAAGUUCGAGCCUAGCAUCAGUAUGUGUCACCAAGGUCUAAUGUCAUUUGAAGGAUUUGCGAGGUUUCUGAUGGAUAAAGAGAAUUUUGCCUCGAAAAAUGAUGAGUCACAGGAGAACAUUAAAGAAUUGCAGCUACCCCUGUCCUACUAUUACAUUGAGUCUUCACACAAUACCUACCUCACAGGCCAUCAGCUGAAAGGGGAGUCCUCAGUAGAACUCUACAGCCAGGUCCUCUUGCAAGGCUGUAGGAGUGUAGAGUUGGACUGCUGGGAUGGAGAUGAUGGGAUGCCCAUCAUUUAUCAUGGACAUACACUGACAACCAAGAUCCCCUUCAAGGAAGUAGUUGAAGCCAUUGAUCGAAAUGCUUUCAUCACCUCUGACCUGCCGAUCAUCAUAUCAAUUGAGAACCACUGUUCAUUGCCUCAGCAACGAAAAAUGGCCGAGAUUUUCAAGACAGUGUUUGGGGAAAAGCUGGUGGCUAAAUUCUUGUUUGAGACUGACUUCUCAGAUGAUCCGAUGCUUCCUUCACCUGACCAGCUGAGGAGGAAAGUGCUUCUUAAAAACAAGAAGCUCAAGGCCCAUCAGACACCAGUGGAUAUCUUAAAGCAAAAGGCUCAUCAGUUAGCUUCCAUGCAAGCACAGGCUUAUAAUGGUGGGAAUGGCAACCCCCCACCUGCCAAUAAUGAAGAAGAAGAAGAUGAAGAGGAUGAAUAUGACUAUGACUAUGAAUCCCUUUCAGAUGCAGACGUCCUUACUGCUUCCCCUGCUCCUAACGGUCAGGAAGACAACAUUCUGGAAGACAGACCUGAAAACAAGUCCUGUAAUGACAAGCUUCAGUUUGAGUACAGUGAAGAAAUCCCCAAAAGGAUAAAGAAAGCAGAUAACUCGGCUUGCAACAAAGGAAAGGUGUAUGACAUGGAACUGGGAGAGGAAUUUUAUCUUCCUCAAAAUAAAAAAGAAAGCAGACAGAUUGCACCAGAGCUUUCUGACCUCGUCAUCUAUUGCCAAGCUGUGAAAUUUCCAGGGCUGUCAACUCUAAAUGCAUCUGGCUCUAGCAGAGGAAAAGAAAGGAAAAGCAGGAAGUCCAUUUUUGGCAACAAUCCGGGCAGAAUGAGCCCAGGGGAGACAGCAUCGUUUAACAAAACAUCUGGAAAAAGUUUCUGUGAAGGCAUUCGCCAGAACUGGGAGGAGACGCCCUCCGCUCUGAACCCCGCCACGUCGCUCAGCGCUCUCAUUCGAACUCCCCGAUGCUACCACAUCUCGUCGCUGAACGAAAAUGCCGCCAAACGGCUGUGCCGCAGGUAUUCGCAGAAGCUGAUCCAGCACACCGCCUGUCAGCUGCUCAGGACCUACCCGGCCGCCACCCGCAUCGACUCCUCCAACCCCAGCCCCCUCAUGUUCUGGCUCCAUGGGAUACAGCUCGUGGCCCUCAACUACCAGACGGACGAUCUCCCUUUGCAUUUAAAUGCUGCGAUGUUUGAGGCAAAUGGUGGCUGCGGUUAUGUUUUGAAACCCCCAGUUCUGUGGGACAAGAGCUGUCCCAUGUACCAGAAGUUUUCUCCACUGGAAAGGGAUCUGGACAACAUGGAGCCUGCUGUCUACUCUUUAACUAUUGUCUCUGGUCAAAACGUGUGCCCCAGUAACAGCACAGGAAGCCCGUGCAUUGAAGUGGACGUCCUGGGCAUGCCCCUGGACAGCUGCCAUUUCCGCACGAAGCCCAUCCACCGAAACACCCUGAACCCCAUGUGGAACGAACAGUUUCUGUUCCGGGUUCACUUUGAAGACCUUGUGUUUCUUCGUUUCGCAGUUGUGGAAAACAACAGUUCAGCAGUAACCGCCCAGAGAAUCAUUCCACUCAAGGCUUUAAAAAGAGGAUAUCGACAUCUUCAGCUGCGAAACCUCCACAAUGAAGUCUUGGAAAUCUCCAGUUUAUUCAUAAACAGCAGAAGGAUGGAAGAAAAUCCCUCAGGCAGUGCCUUGCCAGCCUCUUUGAUGUUUAACACAGAAGAAAGAAAAUGUUUGCAGACUCACAGAGUCACGGUACAUGGGGUCCCAGGCCCAGAGCCCUUUGUGGUUUUUACUAUAAAUGGAGGCACCAAGGCAAAACAGCUUCUCCAGCAAAUUCUGAAAAUGGACCAUGACACCAAACCUGUUGCCACAGACUAUUUUUUGAUGGAAGAGAAGUAUUUUAUAUCUAAAGAAAAGAAUGAGUGCAGGAAGCAGCCUUUCCAGAGAGCCAUUGGCCCAGAAGAAGAGAUCCUGCAGAUCCUGAGCAGCUGGUUCCCAGAAGAAGGCUAUGUGGGCAGGAUCGUCUUCAAAACUCAGCAGGAAAUCCCAGAAGAGAAAACCAUUGUUCAAGAUGACAGAGAGGUGAUCUUGAGCUCAGAGGAAGAGAGCUUCUUUGUCCAGGUGCAUGACGUUUCCCCAGAGCAGCCACGGACAGUCAUCAAGGCACCCCGUGUCAGCACUGCACAGGACGUCAUUCAGCAGACCUUGUGCAAAGCCAAAUAUUCCUACAGCAUCCUGAGCAAUCCCAACCCAAGUGACUACGUGCUUCUGGAAGAGGUGGUGAAAGACACUGGCACCAAGAAGUCUUCUACCCCAAAGCCCUCUCAGCGAGUCCUUUUGGAUCAGGAGUGUGUGUUUCAAGCCCAAAGCAAGUGGAAAGGUGCGGGAAAAUUCAUCCUUAAGCUAAAGGAACAGGUGCAGGCUUCCCGAGAAGAUAAAAGAAAAGGCAUUUCUUUUGCCAGUGAACUCAAAAAGUUCACCAAGUCAACUAAACAGCCUCGAGGACUCACAUCACCUUCUCAGCUCUUAGCCUCAGAAAACAUCCAAAACAAGGAGGAGAAACCCAUGUGUGGUUUGUCCCCUGGAGACACAAUGGAUUAUCGGCAGUGACCAAGGGCAGCAUGUUUUACCCAGGUGAAGCUCUCCCAGCAAGAAGUUAAAGAACAAACAUGGCAGAAAAAAUAUAAUUUCCUUAUUUCUGUUACACUUAAAACUGGAAAUUGAUUAUUUCUGAACUGAAACUGUCACACACGAUGUAAGGUCCAUGUUGAAGACAAGCAGAAUGGCACAAGUUGGUAACUACCAGUUAAUGUACUGACCAAUGAAGGAAGGAAGCCCAAGGGAUUGCCAUUUUAUAAAUGUAAGCAGUUGGAAAACCCAUCAUAAGCUUGCAAUAACUGAAUUAGAACAAGGGUCGGCAAAGCUAUAUCUGUAAAGGGCCAGAUGCGCGAUAUUUUAGAGUUGGCAACCAAAUGGUUUCUGUUCCAACUACUCACCUCUACCACUGUAAUACAAAAUCAGCUGCAGACAGUACGUACAGGAAGGAACAUGGUUAGAUUCUGGUAAAACAAAUUUACUGAUGGACACUGAAAUUAGAAUUUGGUAUGAAUUUCACAUAUCUUCUUAUAAUUUUUUCAACCACUUAACAAUGUACAAGCUAUUCUUAGUUCAAAGGCCACACAAAAGCUGUUGGCAGGCUGGAUGUGGCCCAAGAGCCAUAGUUUUCCAACCUGAGAACUGAGGACAAGGAGCCAGUGUUAGCCAUACAUUUUGGCUGAGAAUUGGAAGCUUUCGGGCAUUGCAAAUGUAAAUAUGUCCUACAACGUAAAAUUCAUUAAAAUUAAGUCAAUGCAGUUCCUAUACUGUGUACAAUAGUGCACUCUUCUUUAGAAUUUUUUACAUAUAGAAAAGACAUGAGUUUUUUAAAAACGGUUAUUGCUUAUAUAUUCACAGAUUAUUGCCUUCCUGUUUUUCACAAAAUGAAUUUAAAAUGAUGUGUAAUUUAUAUUCUACUGAGUUGUGAUGUCUUAACAAGGAACCUAACCAUUUUUUAAAAGAAAAAUAGAUUUGAGUUGGUGUUUAAGGUAAACUUAUUUAUUUUUCAAAGUUUGUACUGACACUGUACUUAUAUAUUUAUUAGACAUAACUUCCUUGAUAUUCAAUGGGUUAGAAGUGUUACUUUUCUACUUCACUAUUUGAAGACAACCCUCCUAAAAUGAAAAUAUAUGUUAUGAAUAUCUGAAAUGGGCUUGAGUUUCAUGUAAAAGAGCUUCAUUUCUGCUUAAGAGCUAUCGAUCCAAGCAAUACUUGCCAUUUAAUGUAAAUUAUUUUUUAAGACCUUGCUGUACAAAACUAUUAGUUCAGUGUAAAGGAUUCUUCUUGGUACGAAACAAAUUACAUUUUCCUCUAAAGUAAAUCCCAAACUAUCUUUAAAUUGCUAUUAAAUUUCAAGGUAUUUUUCUUUGAAUUAUGAAGCACACUAAAAUCCUAACUUUUGCUUUCAGAAAUUUUUAAGAAUUCUAAAAAUGAAUAAAGUAGUCCUCAUAUUUCUUGCAUAUCCCAAAAAUUGCAGUGGUAAAAUACAUCACACAGCUUUCAUGUCAUUUAAAGAUCUUAGUAAGUCAAAGCCUUAACACCAGAACCACCACCAUUUUCUUGUCAACAGAAUUCAGACUAUAACAGUUUGAUACAGUGCUACUAUAAGCUUUCUUUUAAAUGAAAUAGUCUGUAACAAAUGCACAAUGCUGCAGCAUUCAAAACACUUUCAAACUUCUAUAAUAGAUCAAAUGGUUUGCCUUACCAUGUGUUGGAAACUGGAUUACUACUCUAGAGGCAACAAGAAAUGAAAAGGAAGACUGUUCUCUCUAGGUUCUUCAUUUGGCUUUGACUCUUUCUAAGCACUAGUCCACCUACCUCACCCCCAUAAGCUUUAAUGUAGUUGGUUUGGAUACAGCACAAAUCUGAAUCCUACUCUGAGACUGAAUGGGAGACUAAGUUGUUUUGCAAGAGUGAACCCAGACUACUGCCUAUAUUGCAUCCUAAUCUGGUAGUUCAUCACAUUUUGAGGUAAACGCAUAUACUCUAUUUGAGUCUGGGUUUUUAAGUAGAGGGUCUACUUUACAUUACAACUGACCAGCACAACCUAGUGUCUGUCAAAAAUAUGAACAUUUCUUUAGAGCCUAUCUGAAUUACAAAGCCAUUAUCAGUAUACCAAAUGCAUUUAUGAUGCAUCUAAAACAGCCACCAGGACUGUACCAACUACCACUUCAUACUUUUAACCUGAAAUGAAAAGAAUAAACAUCCAAGUUUGUUUUAUUAUAGUACUUAAUAAGCUUCACUAAGAGUGAAAAGAAAGGAGAAUUAAAGUAUGAAUUCUAUCAGUCUGCCCACUUUAAAAAGACAAUGUGUGACAUGGAGAAAUAAUACAGUUUAACUUCCUCUCAGUCACUUGCUCAUCUAGAAUUGGCUGUUUUGCAAUAUGAUGUAAGAUUACCAGAGUGUUGUGCUACAAAGUUAGGAUUAGUUGGGAUAAACUAUAGCAAAUAACAAUAUUAUCUGAGCAGAAAGUGCUGUCCUUGUUUCAUGUGUUACUUACAGUCCUCCAGCUGGGGAUAAAUACAGAGUGUAGACUCAGCAAAAGUGGAGGAUCAAGUGCCUUGUUUUUUACCAAACUUGGCUUUUGUCAAGUCCUUCUAUCUCAGUGGCUCUGGAGACACUGAGGCUCAUUAAUCAAAGUAUGUCCCCAAGGAUGUUGUAGAGUUUCCUUUUUAAUUCAAUCUUCCUAUCAAGAUCCUAAAUCCUCCCUAUCAGUAUCUCUGUACAUCUCUCCACUUUACCUACAGGCUUUCCUUAAUUCUGCAAAGUAACUGGGGGUGCUUUCUGAUCCAGUAAAACUAAGUAAACUCAAACACAAAGCUCUUACAGAUGUGCUUCCAUGCUAAUAAACAAGACUAGGAUUUUCCUCACUACUGUUUUUGAUCUUAGACUUGACAGAGUGAAAGGCAUCCUAUACGGCAAGUGCUCUCAAGAUGGCAGUCUCUGAUCCCUUUUCAUUUGCUUCUCUCACAUCAGCAGUGAGUCCAGAAAAAGAACAUACCUGUUCCCCCAAAAAGGUAUCAGAAAAGGGAGACUACCUCUUCCACAGAGUUCAGAUUUGGGUCAACACAUUUUCUUGAUCCUCUGUUAACAAUGUAUGUGUUUUCUGCCGUAUCUAUAUUUAAAUUUCCUAUAAGCAAUUCUUGGCUGGUGGCUAAGAACUUUGACAUAAGAAUACCUGAAAUGAGUAUCUUUGAAAUACAUGUCUUAGAUUCAAAAUAGACUAUGCUGAAGCCUGUCAAAAAGCAUUCUCUGAAACCAUCCCUAUAUCAGAUGACAUAAGUAUCUGAACUUUGAAAUAAUUCCUAAUAUUGAUUAGAUAAUACUGCUUUUUUUUUUUAAGUGCUGUGUGAAUGAUUUGCCUCAGCAUAAAUCAUGAAAGACUAAAACUGUCUUAUGCCCAUUACUACCCCAAUUCACUUUUAAGUGCAUAGCAUAGUGCUAAGUUCAUGGUAAAUGCUCAAUAUUAGGUUAAGACACAAAAAAACUACAGUAAACCUUCGUAUGACCUCAGCAAAGUACAUAUGUGAUGAAUAAUGGCAUUGGUUCUGAAAAAGAAACUCAUCAACAUAAGGUCAUAUAAAGUUAAUGCACAAGUAUAUUUCAUCAUCAAAUUCAUACAGGACAUUCAAAUAUUAGAUGUAUAAUUUUAUGGUCCCUCUGCAAAUAUACAUGUAACAAGAAAUUAGAAACAUAAUACAAGCAUAAAAUAGCUGAUGAAUUUCUAUUUUACAAAUGAAUUUUCAUCUAAACUACAGUUCCUGUUGCUGAAGUAUAAAUGUAUUUGUAUAUGUUUGGAAAAUAAAUGAUUUGUGACAUGGUA